UCCCUGUGGGGAAACUCAGGGCGCAUGGAAAUGACAGCUUCCAAGUUCAUGGACAUACAGCGGGUCAUCCAGCCAGACUGGUUCCAGUGCAUCUCUGAUGGAGACACCAUUUCUGGGGAAGUUGGUAGAAAAAGGGCCAAGAAGGCUGUGGACAGGUCUCUCUCCUUCCUGGAUGUAUGCCUUCAGCUGCUAGAAAAAUCACCGGAACUACAAGGAAGUGUAAUGUUUGGGGCAAUUGAAGGUGGCGAUAUCUUGGAAGAGAGGCUCAGAUCAGCCAGGGAGACUGCCAAGCGACCUGUAGGUGGCUUUCUGCUAGAUGGCUUCCAGGGAUUUGCCAUGGCCAAGGAGACCAAGUUGAAACUGAUAGCUUCUGUCACAGCAGAGCUGCCAGAGGAUAAACCAAGAAUCAUCCACGGUGUAGGCAAACCAGAUGAGGUGCUUGAAUGCAUUGAAAGGGGAGUGGACAUUUUUGAGAGCUUCUUUCCCUUCCAAGUGACAGAGCGAGGCUGUGCCUUGGUUUUCAGUUAUGACUGCCAUCCAGAUCCUGAAGCAGCAGUUUUAAAACAAAAUGGGGCCCAGGACCUGGAGAAGAAUGGUGCUGAAGAAGACCAGGAUGAAAUCUCCAAAGCUGACCCAGAAAUGACACCAUUUGAGAUAUUUCUGAAGGACAAAAGAUACCAAGAUGAUUUUGGUCCUUUGCUGGAAGGAUGCACCUGUUACUGUUGUCAGAGGCAUACUCGUGCCUACGUCCAUCACCUCCUCGUGACCAAUGAACUGUUGGCCGGUGUCCUGCUCAUGAUGCACAACUUCCAGCACUAUUUCAGUUUCUUCAGUGCCAUACGGGAUGCCUUAAGAGAAAAUAAACUGGAUCAACUGAAAAAGCUUGUCUUCAGGCAGGCACUUCGAGGCCCAGCAAAUGCGAAGCCAGGCCAGUGA